CAAUGUCAAGGAUGUCCCCUCCAGCACGGUGUCCCUCAUGAGGCAUAUUAGCCUGGAGGUCAAUGGAACUGUCUACUCGGUAUCCAGGGGCAACAUCAUCUAUCGGAAUGGGGAGCGCAGGAACUCGCCCGUGAUAGACUCCAAUGGUGUGCUUAUUAGGUCGGGUGUCAAAUAUACUACGAUUCAGACCUACUUUGGGGUAAGCAUUCGCUAUGAUGGCGAAGACACUGCCCACAUACAGGUGCCUUUUGAGUACUGGAAUGCCACGUGUGGUCUGUGUGGAACCUUUGAUGACGAUAGAGACAAUGAUUUCAGACUUCCUGACGGCACUAAAACCGAGUAUGUGAAUGUGUUUGGGAACAGCUGGGUGCAGAAUGCGGGUGAAUGUGACACCACAAUCACCGAUCCUAUUGAUCAAUGUGAGGAUGAUGAGGAGCUCGACCAAGAAAUCAGAGAUAUUUGCUACAUUUUCAUUGAUCCGGAUGGUCCUCUUGGGAACUGCUUUGACUAUGUGGAUCCCAAGGAUUACUACGAGGCCUGCAUCUAUGACCUGUGCCACACUGAUCCUGGCAGUGACAUCAUCUGUCCUGCACUCCAGGAGUAUGCCCAACAGUGCAGGGAAGCUAAUGGUCUCGUAGGACUCUGGAGAGCUGCAAGGCCUCAGUGUGCUUUUGAGUGCCCAAGUGAUAGACUCUACGAGCUGUGUGGGAGUGCCUGUCACCCAAGCUGUGCGGAGCCUGAGGCUGCUAUCAGCUGUAGUCUGCCAUGCCAAGAGACUUGUACCUGUCGUGAUGGAAAGCUGGAUGAUCGAGGACAAUGUGUGGAACCAUCAGAAUGUGGAUGCUUGGUUGCUGAUGGAGUCUACAUCUCACCUACAGAUACUUGGACAAGUCCUGACUGCAGCCAGCGAUGCACCUGCUUUAAUGGAGAGGCUCAGUGUGAAGCCUACGGAUGUGGGGAGAAUGAAGAAUGUGAUCUCAGGAACGGUGUGCAAGAUUGUUACUGCCUUGAUGGAUUCCUCCCACUCGGAGAGAGAUGUGUUAGGGCUCCCGGUUUCUGCCAGAUCUGGGGUGACCCUCAUUAUGUGACCUUUGACGAUAAGAAAUAUAACUUCCGGGUGAUUGUGACUACACACUGGUCAGAGAUUGCCAGAAUUCCAGUGAAUAUCACCUGUGGUCCAACAAUGAACGGCUGCGCCCAUCAGAUAGGGUUUCCUACCUUAGAGAGGUUAUUCUGGAAUUGAAAGGCAACAUAUACUCCCUUAUCAAGGGCUUCCAUGUCAGAGUUAAUGGCAUUGAUGUAUCUGAGAACCUGCCCUACAUGGAUAGUGAAGUGUGGAUCUACAGGGAUGUAACC